UACCACCUCAGCCGGUGCGCCAUGUUAAAACUAUUCAUCCUGGUUCACGUUGAAUUGUCUGCGAUUUCACUAUUGUGGAAGCCGACGUUAAACCACCAGCUACUACCACUACCACUCAGGUUGAAAGAUUGACACGUAUAAAUGCAACUGACUUUCGGGUCAUUCAGUUAUCAAGAUACCACCUAAAUUCAAAUCAUCCGCAAGAGCUAAAUCAAAUACCACCAGAAAAAGAGUUUUUAUCAUCAUCAUGUUCACUGUUUUGGCCUGUAUCGUUAUACCUGCUUUAGUUUUUGCUGGCGACGACAAACCAAAAGGUCCAAAAGUUUCAGAUAAGGUUUAUUUUGAUAUAAAGAUUGGCGAUGAAGACGUGGGACGUAUUGUCAUAGGUUUAUUUGGAAAAACUGUCCCCAAAACAGUAGCUAACUUUAAACAAUUAGCAGAAGGAUUUGAAAAAGAUGGCGAAACUCUUACCUAUAAAGGAAGCCAAUUUCAUAGAGUCAUUAAAGAUUUUAUGAUUCAGGGCGGUGAUUUUACCAAGGGCGAUGGCACCGGAGGUCGAAGUAUCUACGGGGAAAAAUUUGCUGAUGAAAACUUCAAAUUGAAACAUUAUGGAUCUGGUUGGCUUUCUAUGGCUAAUGCUGGUAAAAAUACAAAUGGAUCACAAUUUUUCCUUACAACGAAGAAAACAUCAUGGUUAGAUGGUAAACAUGUUGUUUUUGGAAAGGUAUUAGAAGGAAUGAAUGUUGUUAGAAAAAUAGAGAAUACCCCAACAAGUAGUCAAGAUAAACCAGAAAAACCAGUAGUUAUUUUUGAUUCAGGCAGUAUCCCAGUAGACACACCUUUUGCAGUUGCUAAAGAUGAUUCUGAAGAAUAAAUUGUUUUAUUAUUA